CCCCCGCCUUUCCAUCUUUUAAGACCUUGCCGUGGAAACCAUGUUUUCAAGUGCUGCGUGCUAUGCCAACUCCAAAGCCUCGACCCAUUUCUCCUUCAUAGGGGGGUUUUGUUUUAUUUUUGUUUUUGUUUCUUUUCCCCCCUCACUCUUCGCCCCUUGGUCUUUUUUAGGUCAUGGCUUUCCCGCCUUUGCCCUUGCUAACUCACGCUGUCCAGACCUCGCGCGCUCUCAUUCUUCCCCAUUUCCGUCUCCUUGUUUGUAUGAAUGCUAAGGACGUCGCCAAACUGCCGAGGACAAGGAAGAGCACACGAGACAAAUCUAUAUUUUGACGGUACCAGAAGACGACAUCGCAACCUUCAUUCCUGGCUGCAGCGACGUAAUGUCAGAUUACCAAGGACGACCUCUCCUGUGGUCGCUCUCUUGUGCGGCGUGCACACGCUGAUCAAAAGCGACUUGUGUGGUGUGCUGGCACUGUUGCCUAAGGCACGUAUAGAUCAAGGAAAAGUUUCAACUUGAUGUACAGGGUACAUGGCAGUCCCUGUGCUCCCUCCAAUCUCCCAGCCAGUGCGGGAAGGUGCAGCAGCGACACUGUACGAACAGGACCAGAAUGGACGAGUCUUAUCCGAUUGCCGUGGCGGCACGGGUUUUUGGGGUGGGCGACGCAGCCAGAAACGCUGGGGAAGUCUGGCACUAGGUGCCGUGCCCGGUGCACCCGCAAGCGUGGUCCUCAUUGGUCGGCCCUUUUGGCUCAGCGCUCUCACACACUGCUCUCCACUGGGGGUGCCUUGCCUCCCCUGCUGGACUGGACUGGACCAAGGGCCGUCCGCUCCUGGGGACCGAGCAGGCCUUUCGCGUAGCUGCCCCCUCUCUUUCUCUCUGCUUUUUACUUUUCCAUCCGCCCCCGACAAUCCUCCAUCACACCUGCCUCUUUUUUUUCCUUGAAUGUCUUUAGCCCAAUCUCGUUUCCCUCGCCGGCCUCGAUCUUUACGCCAAAGUCUGGCCUCACACGACCCGUUCAUUCCACCGCAAGACUCACAGGCCGCCUUUGUCGUCGACGCGCACCACGUUGGCCCCGACCAUUGUGUCCUCGACGAACUCGACCCCCUCGACCCCGGCAUCUUCAGCCGGCCGCUCGUCGCCACGCUGCACCCCAUCGAGACGACCACCAACCUCGCUUCAUAACAGUAGUCGCUAUCUGGCCCGAAUCGCUCACUCUCGACGUCUGCACGAUUUCGAUUGUCGACUGCGCGCCCUCGCGAUUGUCACAGCCCUCGUCGAGGGCCAGUCGCGACCGUCGCGACGCUUCGCCUGGCUAGACCCUCCAUACCCGCUCGACACUCUCUCAUUUGACGACAAUACCUCAACUCCAAUCGGAUGACCAAGAUACGUUUGGGCAGCGCUUUUCCCCAAGAGUUCAUCGUUCCAGCAUUUACGGCACGGCUCGCGCGUCGUCAUGACACCCCGAACGAGCAGAUAAACAACACAACUAGCAUUCGGAGCCUCCGUCCAGUACUGGAUCCGCGAGGCUUUGUUGUAGAUUAUGACAGAAAAGCUGCCGCCGCUAACGACCCCGAUCGUGCUUCCGAGCCAGAGCGCGCCUCUCUCCAGCACCCUGUUCUCAGCACCAGAUGCCUCGCUGCAUAAGGUCGAGACGGUGGAGGAGGAACCUUACACCAUCAAGUGUAUCUGCAGUUUCUCUGGCGAUGACGGAAACACGAUCUUCUGCGAGACGUGCGACACAUGGCAGCACAUCGAGUGCUUCUACCCAAAUAACCUGGAGGAUGCUGUCCGCCCCGACUUUGCGCACUCGUGCGCCGAGUGCAAGCCACGUCCAUUGGACAGACAGCAGGCAUUCGAGCGGCAAAGGUUGCGCGCUGGCACCGUUGAGGUCCGUGAGCAGGUCACCGACAAGAAGACAAAGAGACCCCCCUCAAAGAGUCAUAAGAAGAAGCCAAAGCCGACAGAUCUUCAAUUAGCGAACGGUCACCUCCCAACGGUCGAUGCGGCCAAAUACAACGCAUCCUAUGACGCACCUCCACCCCCCACCAAGAAAUCAAAGACAUCGCACAAGUCGAGUCAUUCGGUCAGUUCGCAAGCCCCCAAGCGCAGCCCGCCAUGUGCGACUAGCCGCGCCGGGGUGAGUAACGGACAUCCCCCGAGCCCUGCCACUACUCCUCCAGAGUUGCCGCAGGACUUCGAGAUCCAUACCUAUACUCCCGAGUUCGUCUCACUGUUCGACGACAAGAAGGUCCAGAUUGUACAAAUGAACUCGUUUGCGAGUCUGGACGUCUCGAACACCAUGUCCUUGUGGCUGCGCGAGCCUUCAAAGCUUGUCCAAGAGACUGGCUCGCACUACGACGACGUGUUCCAGUCUCUCCCGCAAGACAUCGAUACACUGAAGCACCCUGUGCGGUUGGAGACCCAGGAGCUACAGGUCUUGGACUCGACCGUCAAAUGGAACUACCUCACAACCCCGGCCGCCGUUGAACAGAACGUCCCUCUUAUGGAGUUGAACGGACUGAUCGGUUUCCAGAAGGAUUACUCGGCAGACAAGAGCAAUCGUUGGGACGAAUUCACCUCGCCCCUCCCUUUCGUUUUCUUCCUGGAAAUGCUACCGCUCUAUAUCGACACAAGAUCCGAAGGUUCUCGCGCCCGCUAUGUGAGGCGCAGCUGCAAGCCGAAUGCGGUGAUUGACACAUUCCUCUCGAGCGGCCCCGAGUAUCGCUUCUGGCUUGUCAGUGAUCGGCACAUCAAGGCGAACGAACAAAUCACCAUCCCCUGGGACUUCCGCUUCCCCAAGCAGCAGAAGGCCCGCAUGCUUCGCCUUCUCGGCCUCGGCGAUGAGGACGCUGGUCCUCACGACAAGUAUGAGAUAGACGACGUUGAGUAUCUGAACAUUCACAACUGGGUUCACCUGAUGCUCUCAGAGUAUGGGGGCUGCGCAUGCGAUCUCGGUAGCAAUUGCGCUUUUGUUCGCUUUCACCGAAAUCACCUCGCCAGGUCACAGUCCCGAAUCGCUGCCAAAAAGAAGCAGCGGAAGCCAAAAACACACACCGUCUCCCCGACCAGUACUGGGCAUGCGACGAACAGCAGAGCAGCGAGCGAGGGGCGCUUGGAGGAUGGGGCUGAAGGAGAUGGUGCUUCAGUCUCCGGCUCCACUCGCAGCAAGCCCCCGAGCCGAGACCUCACACCGGCCUUGGCCACGCCUGCCCCUCGCCAAGGUUCAUUUGACACCCUCGGGAUCCUGACUGAACCCACGGACCGCGACAAAAGGAAAGUCGCGAUGGUUGAGGAUUCUUUCCGGAGGAUGGAGCAGCACCAGCCGCCUCGCAAGAAGAAGCGCGUGUCAGAUGGAGCAACACCAGCUAGCGCCCCGUCCAAAACCAAAGCAAAAACACCAUCGGCACAAACAAACGGGGCGCAAUAUGUUGAUGCCGGCACCUGUGGAAGCCAGUCACAGUCCCCGGUCAAUACUGCGUCUCUGACCGCGGCACAAGCUGGCAAACCAUUUGCCUCACGGACCACUUCUACUCUUCCUACUUACCGAAAAGCGUCUACAACUACCAAGGCUAGCUAUGCGGAUGCAAGCGUCCAAACCGACCCGGAACCGGGGCAGUGGUACAGUGAUUCCCCGGCUCUUGCGGUGCGGCCAAAGAAAAGAUACACCUCAUUGUCCAAGAGGCUCUUGGAGGAUCGUCACAUACGGCGUCAGGAAGAGGAGGAAAGACGGAGAAAACGGGGCUCGCUCAGCUCCCAGAGUGGUCCGUCAGACACCGCGACAGUCGCAUCGCCCGCUUCCGACACCAAGCCACAGCCGCCAUCCCCCACCCUGAGCGAGACUCCCGUGGCAACAGCGCCACAGGAAGCACACUCACCCGACGUGCCCAUGGAUGAUGCACCCGCCUCGCCAUCAAUACUAUCAAACCCUCCAGUUGUGGUUAUAGAGGCUGCAUCGAGCGACCUUCCAGCCGGGACCAGAGCCAAAGUCCCCGAACUGAAGGUUGAGAUGCCACCGCCGCCCCCAGUUCUCAACGGAAAUGCGCCAGCAAUAUCGACUACUACCACUCCUGUUUCAGCCACUGGCUCCAUUGGCCACUCGCCGUUUUCGAGCACCACGGUUUCGAGUCCUUUCUCACUUUGUGCCAGCAGUGGCAUGGCCUCGGGCCCAAGCCCCAUCAAGAAGAAGCUGAGCCUCAGCGACUACACCAAGAGCAGAAAAGCAGCGGCCAGCCGCCCCUCACUUGGCAUCUCGCUCAAGUCAGCCACCUCGCAUCCUGACGAUCCAAAGUCGGCAACAAGUGUAGAAACGCCUUCCACGUCGGAUUCACCCUCUGCAGACAAGGCGAGCGAGUCCUUGAUACCUUCAACUAGCACCCCUGGGGCGUCUGUUUAAACUAUGUGCAUCGUGGGGAAUUGCGUGUUUUUUUUUCUUGUUCAAGCCGGUCACGCCCGCGCACUUUUGAUCUUCUUCUCUAUGUCUUUCUUACUACUAUUCGGAUUUAUAUGCGAUACGCAACUUUUUACUGAUUAUUUUCAAGUGGGGGGUAUCCCAUACAUGACGAGGCUAAGACGGAGGUCCCGGAUUGGGAGUUUGCUCGUUUCGGCGUUGGUGUGACACUGGUGGAAUAACGGUACUGGGCGGUCUUUGGCUUUGUCUUUUUCGCCAGCUGUCAGCGUAUUACCCCACUGGGGAACCUCUUCAAGCCGUGUCUUUUUUCCGCGAGGCGUUUUGUUUCGACGUGGCACAUGACAUUGCUCGUGUUGAUCCCACCACUCCAGGGGAAAUCCAUACAAGGUGCAAGGAGGGCAAGGCAUUGCUCAUGAAAACACGGGCGUCUACAUGCAGAACCAUGAUCCUUCGUUUUCCACGUGUUGCUAUUGGUCUACAGGGGCCUGUAUGCAUAUAUUCUGUCAGCCGUUUGGGCGCAUUGUUGCUCCCGGCUCUUUUAUUCCCGAGGUGUUUUCUAUCCCUGUUCUAUUAGGCAUGGCCAAAUCGCGACGAAACUCCGAGGGUGUCUACUGUCACGGGUACCUGGUAGCCGAGUGUGGUAAGCAUCGCUAGGUUGGGCAAAAAAAAACCCCCCGACCAUUAUGAUGGAGAAUGAACCAAGAGAAAUCGAAACAAAACAUAACGGGAAAGUUGUCUAUCAUAUCAUACAACUGGCGAUGAACCCACCGUUCGUCAAUCGUCAUGCCGUUGUUCGUGCGUCGACCCGGUCCCAGAGAGCACGGGCUCAGACCCCCACACCCCAGUUGUCUUCCUUAAAGACGAGGAGAGCAAGGCGGUGACGAACGAAUAGACCAACCAGGCCGGCGACGGCCUGUAGGAUAGUGAGCUCAGUGGCGAGGCGGCGCUCCGUCAUGGGGCCGCGCCAGACCAGCCAGAGGUUGAGGAUUGUGAGGUUGGACGUCUCGACGAAGCGGCCGUCGGCGUCGGUGGUGAGCUGGACCAGGCGCAAGCGGGCGAGCAGGCGCAGGGCCGCGGCGAUGGGGGCGCGCGGCUGGCGCUCAGGGGUCCAGGGCGUGACCGAUGGGUCCAUGAGGCCUGUGCGGGCGUGGAAGCGCGGCAGCCGGUGGCGCGGGCAGGGCA